UCAGCGUCUUUUUGAAAAAUUGCUUGAACUGGCAUCCCGCAAUAUUGAGAUAAAACUGGUGAGCGAUAUACUGCCCAUGGAAUCAAAGGUAUUAAACGACUUGAAAACAAAGGGUGCUGAAGUGUUGUAUAUGAAUAUGUCAGCAUAUAACGAAGGUCGGCUUCAGUCAUCUUUCUGGAUUGUUGAUAAACAGCACGUGUACAUCGGAAGUGCCAGCUUGGACUGGAGAUCGUUGGGACAGAUGAAAGAACUUGGUGUCAUUGUGUACAACUGUAGCUGCCUGGUCCUGGAUUUACAAAGGAUAUUUGCCCUGUACAGCUCAUUAAGAUACAAGAAUAAAAUACCUCCAAGUUGGUCUAAGAGACUAUAUGGAGUGUACGAUACUCAAAAUAAACUGACACUGCAGCUGAAUGAGACCAAAUCAGAAGCUUUUGUGUCGAAUUCACCUAAACUCUUCUGCCCAAAGGACAGAGUCCUGGAUAUUGAAGCUAUAUACAGUGUUAUCGAUGAUGCGAAACAGUUUGUAUACAUAGCUGUCAUGGACUACUUGCCGAUCGUCAUUGACACCAAUGCUAAACGGUACUGGCCGUAUUUAGAUGGGAAGAUAAGAGAAGCCUUAGUUUUACGAAGUAUUAAAGUACGACUUCUCAUAAGUUUCUCAAGAGACACAGAUCCCCUUACUUUUAACUUUGUUUCAUCUCUGAAAGCUAUUUGCACUGAAGUUCCAACCUGUAGUUUGAAAGUUAAAUUCUUUGACCUUGAGGAAGAGAGUGCAUGCUUUCUUAAAGAACAGAAGAACACUUCCCUUCCCAAACUAAAUCGUAACAAAUAUAUGGUUACUGAUGGAGCUGCGUACAUUGGUAAUUUUGAUUGGGUAGGAAAUGCUUUUACGCAGAAUGCUGGAGCUGGCCUUGUUAUCAACCAAGCAGACGCGGGGAACAGCACAAGCAUCAUUAAGCAACUCAAGGCUGUUUUUGAAAGGGACUGGUAUUCACAUUAUGCCAAAAGUUUACAACCAACAAAAAUCCCAAACUGCUUUAAUCAUAAACUUAAUAAAGCAACAUCAAAUAAGACUGCCAUGAGCAAUAUGAAUUAG